AUGCGUGAGGGCACGUCCGACCAAAGAGGCGGAGCCAACGCGACUGCCGCGGCUGAGCCAGGCGUCGCCGUGACCCUCGUUUUCCAGGAGAAGUCGGCGGUCUUUGGAUGGGCAGAUGGGACUGCAGCGAAAGAGUUUGGAGAGCAGCUACGUUCUGCGGUCCGACAUCUGACAGGUCUCUCUUCGCUUUCAGAGUUAGAAAUCUUGGCAGAUGCGGAUCCCCCAGUCCGCGUCACACCACGAGAUAUCUUUGAGCGCCGCUACCCGGAAGCAGCUCAGCAUCGCUUCCGGAUUGCCACACGAGGGGAUCUAGAGAACCGAGCCCCGGUUCCCAAAGCAUUGCCAGUAGCAGGAACAGGCAGAUCUGAAAAAGCAGAACACCUCCUGCUACCUCCGCAGCGGAAGGCACCCAGCGGUGCCAAGUUUCAGAAGGCCGGGGGAAGCCAGCUCCAAUUCCUGCAGAUGCUUGAGGGCAACAAGAACCCAAAGGCCCAGCUGGAUGAGGGCACUGUGCUCACCGCCCAGGAAGUUGCCAGGCCUCAACGGAAAGUUUCAACAACGCACAGCCUCACCCACGCGGAUGCCAGGCACGACCAAGUCGGAGACUGCUGGACAAUUUUCCAAGGGCGCGUCUACGAUGUGCGGGGCACGGCCGUGAUCAGUGAUAAGUCCUCGUACUCCAUUGGUUUGGCAGCCCAUGUUGUUGACAAGAUUUCGGCCUACAUUGACUACCACCCUGGCGGGAAGAAGCAGAUCAUGCAGGGAGUCGCAGUCUGA